AUGUCUUCCUCAAACGAAAAGCCCAAAACCGCGGGCAGCGAAAAUUCCUCUAAUACGCCUACUGUCUCUGGUGACAAUGUCGAAAAAGCUGUUGCUCCGGCUAAAAACUCCGGCGAACAUCCAAAGCUCGACAAGCUCGACUCUAAAUAUGUUGUCAAACCCGAGGAGGAAGCAGACCCAUUGGCUCACCUUCCCCCUCAUGAGGCCGAAAUUAUCAGGAGACAGACCGCCAUUCCGGAACCUAAGAUAAACUACUUCUCACUUUACCGAUAUGCUAACAGAUCAGACCUUACGCUCCUUUUCAUCUGCCAUUUUGCUUCUAUUGCAGCCGGUGCCGUUCUCCCCUUGAUGACUGUCGUCUUUGGUAAUCUCGCUGGUGAAUUCGCCGACUUCUUCAUGUCAAAUCCUAUCUCAGACCCCGGCGCUCCAGGCAGACUCAUGGAUACUGUCGAAAGACUGACUCUUUACUUCGUUUACAUGGGUAUCGGUGAAUUUUUCUUGGUCUACACCGCCACCGUGAUUUCCAUCCAUGUCGGCGAAAAAAUCGCUGGACGUAUCCGUCAGCAGUUCCUUGCUGCUAUCCUUCGUCAGAAUAUCGGAUUUUUUGACAAACUCGGUGCCGGAGAGGUUACUACUCGAAUUACUGCCGACGUUGCUCUUAUCAACGCUGGUAUUUCCGAGAAAGUCUCAUUGACUCUUUACUCUCUUUCCACCUUUGUCUCGGCCUUCGUUAUCGCCUUCGUUAGAAGCUGGAAACUCACGCUCAUUCUUUUCUCCGCCGUCGUGGCUAUCAACUUGGUCCUUGGUGUUGCUGGCAAGUUUAUGGUAAAAUACAACAAGAAGGCUAUCGACUCCUACGCCAAAGGUGGCACUGUAGCCGAAGAAGUUCUUUCCUCUAUUCGAAAUGCUGUCGCAUUUGGCACCCAAGGCAAGCUCGCAGAGCAGUAUGAAGAAUACCUCGAUGUCGCAGAGCACUGGGGUAAGCGCCACAAAGGUAUCCUCGCCUUCAUGUUGGGUGCCCUUAUGACCAUUAUCUACCUCAAUUAUGGCCUUGCUUUCUGGCAGGGUUCGAGAUUCUACAUCAGAGGUGACGCUGGACUCAACGAUGUCGUCAACGUGUUGAUGGCUAUCAUUAUCGGUGCCUUCAGCUUGGGUGGUGUGGCUCCACAUGUCCAAGCUAUGACUACUGCCGUCGCUGCUGCUUCUAAAAUCUAUGGAACUAUCGAUCGUCAAUCUCCAUUGGAUUCGAGUUCCGAUGAUGGCGGAAAAAUCGAGAGCCUCAAAGGUGACAUUGAACUCGUCGGUAUCAAGCACAUCUACCCAUCCCGCCCUGAGGUUGUGGUCCUUGAGGACAUGAAUCUUAAGAUUCCAGCUGGGAAGACUACUGCGCUUGUCGGUGCAUCUGGUAGCGGAAAGAGCACUAUAGUCGGUCUCGUUGAGCGUUUCUACGACCCAGUUGGGGGAGAAGUUCUUCUCGACGGCCACGAUAUCAAGACUCUCAAUCUUCGUUGGUUGAGAGAAAACGUCUCGCUCGUACAACAAGAACCAGUUCUUUUCAACGCCUCUAUCUAUGCCAACGUCGCUUUCGGUCUCAUCGGUACCCCGUACGAAAAUGCCGCUGAUGAAAAGAAGCGCGAACUUAUCGAACAGGCUUGCGAGAUGUCCAAUGCUGCUCAGUUUAUUACCUCUCUUCCCGAAGCCUACGAAACUAAUGUUGGCGAACGUGGUUUCUCUCUCUCUGGUGGUCAGAAGCAACGUAUUGCCAUCGCCCGUGCUAUUGUCAGUGACCCUAAGAUCUUGCUUUUGGAUGAAGCUACCAGCGCUUUGGAUACUCGAAGUGAAGGUAUUGUCCAGGCUGCUCUCGACAAGGCUGCUCAGAAUCGUACAUCUAUUAUCAUUGCACAUCGUCUCUCCACUAUCAAAAACGCAGACAACAUCGUCGUUAUGUCCCAAGGCCGCAUUGUCGAACAAGGCAAGCACGAUGAAUUGUUGGAAGCCAAAGGACCAUACUACAUGCUCGUCGAAGCCCAGAAGUUCCAGGAAACCAAGAGCCGACCGGACGAGGAUGAAGACGACGAAAAACUUGCUGAGGCUGCCGAAGAACUUAAGCUCCAGCGCACCCGUACUAAGGCUAGCAUGGCGGAAGUUGACCCUGAUGAUCUCGAAAUGGCCCACCGUUUGAACCGUGCUGAUACCAGCAGGUCUGCCGCCAGCGCCGCCCUUGCCGCCAAGCCAGACGAAGUUACCGUUCAAUACAGCCUUUGGACAUUGAUCAAACUUAUUGGCUCCUACAACAAGACUGAAAAGCUCCUCAUGGCCGUUGGUGUCUUCCUUUGUAUCAUCGCUGGUGGUGGUUACCCAGUACAAUCUGUCCUCUUUGCAAAGUCUAUUGGCGCUCUCUCCCUCGAUCCUAAGACACAAAGAGACAAGAUUGAAAAGGAAAUCAAUUUCUGGUCUGCAAUGUAUAUCAUGCUUGCUGCUACUCAGCUCAUUUCUUACACUGGUCAAGGUGUCGCGUUCGCGUAUUGUUCCGAGAAACUCGUCAAGCGUGUUCGUACCCAAGCUUUCAGGACCCUCUUGCGCCAGGACAUCUCGUACUUUGACGACGAACGCCAUACAUCUGGUGCCCUUACCACUCUUCUUUCGACUGAGACGACUUUCCUUGCAGGCCUUUCCGGCGCCACACUCGGGACUAUCAGUAUCGUCCUGACUACGCUGAUUGCCUCAUUUGUUCUCUCUCUAGCCAUUGCGUGGAAACUCGCCCUUGUUGUCAUUGCUACGGUUCCUAUCCUGCUCGCCUGUGGUUUCUUUCGCUUCUGGAUUCUUUCCCGCUUCGAGUCUACCGCCAAAGCUGCCUACGAGAAGAGUGCUAGCUACGCCUGUGAAGCUACCUCUAGCAUUCGCACUGUGGCUACCUUGACCCGUGAACAAGAUGUCCUCAAAAACUACCAUAGCCAGCUUGUCGCCCAAGAGAAGCGAUCCUUCAAGAACACACUCAAAUCUUCUUCCCUAUACGCCAUGUCCCAGUCCUUUGUCUUCCUUUGCGUCGCCUUGGGUUUCUGGUGGGGUGGAAAUUUGAUCUCCAAAUAUGAACUAACUAUCUUCCAGUUUUUCGUCUGUUUCACCGCUGUCAUCUUCGGUGCUCAAUCCGCUGGUACAAUCUUCUCUUUCUCCCCAGAUAUGGGCAAAGCCAAGCACGCAGCACAGACUCUCAAGGAGUUGUUCGACCGCAAGCCUGAAAUCGACAGCUGGUCCGACGCAGGUCAGAAACUCGAACAUGUCGAAGGAACAAUCGAAUUCACCGACGUCCACUUCCGUUACCCGACCCGUCCUACUCAGCCCGUCCUUCGUGGUCUUUCUUUGAUUGUGAAACCAGGUCAAUACGUCGCUCUCGUUGGUCCCAGUGGUUGCGGAAAGUCGACUACGAUCAGUUUGAUUGAACGUUUCUACAACCCCCUCACCGGCUCAAUUACUCUCGACGACCAAGAAAUCUCCGACCUCAACAUCAAGGAUCUCCGUUCUCACAUGGCAUUGGUAUCACAAGAACCAACAUUGUAUCAAGGUACAAUCAGGCACAAUAUCGUUCUAGGAGCUCUCCGAGAUGAUGUCACAGAUGAAGAUGUCUUCAAAGCUUGCAAAGAUGCCAAUAUCUAUGAUUUUAUCAUGUCUCUGCCAGACGGGUUCCAAACGGUUUGUGGUUCUAGAGGUGUUCUGUUGUCUGGUGGCCAGAAACAAAGAAUUGCAAUCGCCAGAGCUUUGAUCCGAAACCCCAAGAUUCUUCUCCUCGACGAAGCUACUUCCGCACUCGACAGUGAAUCCGAAAAGGUCGUCCAAGCCGCCCUCGACAACGCCCGCGCAGGAAGGACAACCAUUUGCGUCGCCCACAGACUCAGUACCAUCCAGAACGCCGACGUCAUUUACGUCUUUGACCAAGGCAGAAUCGUUGAGUCCGGAACACAUCAAGAACUUAUGGCGCUCAAGGGACGAUAUGCCGAGUUGGUCAAGUUGCAAGGACUGGGGAAGACGAACUAA